AUGAGUGGCAUGCUCUACCAAGCCUACAUGAAAUGGCACCCCAUCCCUCUCCCACCGGCCGACAGCUUCAAAGACCAAGCCGUCCUAGUAACCGGCGGAACCAGCGGCCUAGGUCUCGCAGCCGCCGUGCACUUCGUCAACCUAGGCGCAUCCGAAGUCAUAAUAACAAGCCGCGACGCAUCUCGCGCCAAAGCCGCUCUCGAAACCAUAGAAAAGGAGACAAAGGGUCGCAGUAGAGAUCGCGUCCGCGUCUUAGAUCUCGACAUGAGCCGCUAUGCCUCGGUCGUCGCGUUCGCGCAGGAAGUUAAGAAAGUCAGGGCGGGAAAGGGGGGCAUCGACUUCGCGGUGUUGAAUGCCGGUAUUGUUAGCAUGGAGUUUAUGCUUGGCGAGGAAGGAUGGGAUCAGAACAUCCAAACCAACGCCUUAAGCACAGCGCUCCUAGGCUUUCUCCUCCUGCGGUGGAUGAAGACGGAGCGUCCUAACCGCUCAACGCCCGCACAUCUAGCCGCGGUCGGGUCAUCACAGCACUUAGCCCCAAACAUCAAAGACUGGACAAAAUGGGCCUCAGAAACCGGCAUCCUGGAGCACUUCAACAAACCCGAGAACUGGCCAGGGUCUAACUCCAUGUACGGCGCCACCAAGCUUCUGGCGCAAUAUGCCGUAAACGAGCUGGCCCAGAUGGCACUGGGUCCGGAUGGACGCCCAGAAGUCAUCAUAAACACCAUGUGCCCCGGUAUCGUGAGGUCUGACUUGCCGCGACAGUUCAUAGACCAGAGCGUAGGCUACCGCAUCUUCAUCGCGAUAUACCUCGGCAUAUUCGGCAAGACUCCCGAGAACGGCGCGAGGACGUACCUGGCGACCGGGUUGACUAAGGAGAACGAACAUGUUCGGCUAGCUGACAUCAUGUGGUUCAACGUACAGGGCAAAUAUAUCCGGUUCUACGGUUCCGAGGCCGAGUAUCGAAAAAAAGCAGAUAUAUUAUUGACAGGAGAGGCUGGCAGGGAAAUGCAAGCUCAAGUCUGGUCAGAGAUGAAGGCUGACUUGAUCGCCAAAAUUCCUAACGCGAAGGAAGUGUUAGGAUUAUAG